GAGAGGGUUCAACCAGCAGCAGUGAAUUCCUCGCUGAUAAACAGGAUGCAAGCAGAGAAGGGAAAAGAGGAGAUCGACACCCUAACGCAAUCUCUCAGUCUCAAUCUUCGCCCUUCCUCGAUUAUGUAAUCGACGUACAGUUCAGAUAAGUGGCCUCUUCUUUUUUUACACCUGUUAUGAGCGUCCAUGUGCGUCGCUAUCAGCCACUUGACCACCCGGGGUCAGGAGAGCAGCAGCUCGUUACACGGAGGGAUCCAAAGACAAAGCAGGGGAAAGGUCAGACCUUAGCCAGCUUUUUUUCCCCCUUAUAUAACUGGCCCAUUACUUUAUCAAUUGAACAGGAUCGGAAACCGAAUCACAAGAAAAAAUUCAUACAUAAUCAGCUUUAGGAACGUCACAAUUUCUAGUGAUCACCACAAAAAUAUCCAUUAGAACAACUCAUCUCUCUAUCUAUCUCUCUAUCUAUCCAUCUGCCGUUUGCCGUACGUAACGAUGAAGCAUGAAACACACUUUUGCUGUUACACAAUGGGUUUGCUGCUCCUCCGUCCGCCUGAUGUCAUCAUCCUCCUCCUCAUCCAGCUCACAGAUUUUAAUGGUUGUCUUUGGAAAAAAACACUCACAGUCACACUGCUGUUGUAUUAUUCCCUGCCCCCAACCAACACAACACAACACACACACACACACGCACACACACACACACACACACACACGCACACACACACUCAUACAUUAUCACGAGGAGGUCUGUACUAACUGACAAAGCAGACUCACUGCUGCGAGUACAGACGCUGCUAACCAGCUCAACACAUGUGGUCUGUUUGUCGUUGUCCCUUCCUACUUAUACACACCCACAGAUACGUGCACUCAUCUGCCUGGUGAAAUUGGAUUCCAUCGAGUGACUGUCUGUCUUACGUAAAGCCUAUCAAGUGGCCAUCGUAUGAUUAAAGCAAAUUUGUUGACCAUUUCGGCAGAUGUACAUGAUUCGGCCACAUGAGCAGCUUCAGGAAAUGUCAGUCGUGUUUUUAGGUCCACCACUUUGGUCCAGACUGAAAUAUCUUUAAUUUUUUACGCAUCCAAAGCCCCAAGACGAGAAAACAAAUGGCCGAGUUAAAUCUCGCGACAGCUUUUGGAUGGAUUGAUUGAAAGUCAUUUACUACAGAUGUUCACGCAAAGCUGAUGAUCAUUUUUUCCAAUGUGACCAUUUUCUGGCAAUACUAAAUGAGAAUCACACCGGGAUCAGCUGUAAUGUGACAGCGAGCUAAUGCACUAGAACCAGGAUAACAAAGAAUUUCGGCGAGAGAUUUGGGGCAUUCCACCGACAAAAUAUUACAAAAUUAGCAAAAUGCAUGUUUUAAAAAACUAUUAAGUCAACUUUUGAACAUGCCAACAAAGGCAGAGAAGAAGAAUUCAAUUCGUCCCCCGUCUGUGCCUAUUUAUACACGUUUUACACCAUAAAGAAAACUCCCUACUCUGCAUCAUGCCGUCUGUAUGCAGAUGUGUCGUCUGAAUCUUUUGCCUUAGCUAUUCUCUUGUUUAGUUCCUCUACCUGUUGAGUCACCUUGAGUUCCCCUGUGGGAAGAAAAAUAAAUGAAUAAGAUCCUCACUGGUCUCGUGAUUUAGAGCUGAUGGAGAAAACCAAGCAGGAAGCCAUUACUUCCUGUCAGUGUUGCAAAGUGCUCAAAGAUGAGAUUUUGUUUUUUUGCACCCCAGUCCUCUGUCGGCGAAAAACCUUUGUUAGGUAUAUGAUAUUAUUGCAACCUUCGUGGGACAAUCUUGGGGUCUCACGCAACUGUGCAGCAACCGUUGACUCACACCGCAGAUGAGUCAGGCUGAGGCCGUUUGCAGUGUUUUCUGAAGACACACGGGUUUUGCAACGCAGACUAAAUCAAUCAGCCGGUAGUUUGGCAAUCCCUGGUCUCGAGGCGCGACAUUCAGCAUGGAAAGUGAACUCCAAUCUGCACGGAGGAAUUUAUUCUUUCAUUUUCGUUGUACGUCCCGCCAUCUGUCCUUUGCAAUAUGGCAAACGUGUAACAGGCGGAGAUUAAAGUCCUCGGGCUGUCGCCGCCAAACUGACGAUGGGACGGCAGGCUGCUGGCGAGCUGAUCUGAACUCCGAGGGCUGAUGGAGCUCAUUGUGGACAAAAAAGGGCUUAUGAGCAUCACUAUGGCAACGGCCAACCGUAAAAAGCAACACGAGCACUUCAUCAGGGGGACGUGAUCCAAUGGCUCCCGUUGGAGAUGGUGCCCCCAACCUCCUGCAACAAGUAAAGGCAGGCCAGAGAGGCUCCUGGGAGGAGGAGGAGGAGGAGGAGGAGGGAGGGGGGAUGGAGAGCGAGAGGUGGAGAUUAUGCAGUGGGACUGUGAGAGGACAGUAGAGCAGAGAGAGAGAAAUCAUUUCUCCUCUCUCUGCCGCUCUCGUGUAAAGCUGUCUGCGCUCCAAGGACUUUUCUGAUUCUGCUUCACGGGGACUGUGUUUUUGGGGAGUUUAAGACCAACCCCAAAAAAAGAGAAGAAGAAGAAGCAGAAGAAGAGUUUCUUUCUCAUCAGCGGACUGUGAAGGAGGACAAGGCCAUGGCCUCCUGGUUCAGCUGGAGCGAGCCCUAUCACCCGAGCCCCCGGCGGGACCCGGCCGACGUGGUCACCGACACCCUGAUGCUGGAGUUCGGCUGGCAGCUGAAGGAGGCCGAGCGGCACCAGAAGGAGAGGGAGAACGAGUACCGGCGCCUCAAGACCGGGGUGGACUACAGCUGGCUGGCCACCACGCCUCGCUCCUCCUUCAGCAUCAGCACCGGGGAGCGGCUGGGCCUGGAGGACCUCUGCUCCAAGGUGCCGCCGUCCUGCUGCGGCCUGGUCAUACUCAAGUUCAGGGAGGUGUUGCAGGCCAACGAGCCCGAGGUGCAGGAGGUGUCGGGCCUGUUCCGCUCCGUCCUCAUGGAGGCCCUGGACCACAUGAAGGAGGAGCAGGAGGCGCAGCGGCUGGCCCGCCAGUGGAACAACCGGCGCGCCGUGAGCAUGUCCCUCGUGAACUUCAGGUCCCGGAUCAAGAUCAACCCCUUCGGGAGCACGGUGGGCCUCACCUCCGCCGCGGCCGACGGGACGGGGCUGGGCGACCUAAAGACGGUGUCCGAGGACGUGGAGAGGGGGACGGAGGGCGAGCAGAGGGCGUGGAGCAUGCCUGAUUUCAGAUACAAAGGAACCGGCAGCAGUAAGGUUGUUUGAUGUCGGGAGACGGUGGGAAAUACGCUGCUCCCAGGACUCUGCUCCUUCUGCAGUAUGAGACCGCUCAGCAUUUAUUCUACGUACCCUGUACGUUUUCAUCUGAAAGGACAAUGUCAGGUGUUUUUUUUUCCUUCCUCUCAGAUCUUCUGUACCUCGACAACUCUGAUUUACAGUGUCAUGGUUGCGUGAGGUUAUCACCUCUUACACCGACGCCUUUUUGUAGAUUUUUUAGCACAACAGGAGAUUAACUGUAGCCUUGUACAGAUAUUUAUCUUAUUAAAAAGGCUUUCUGUUUUUUUCUCUACAAAAUUCGGUCGAGAGUUGAAUUGAUCUUUUAUCACCGAAUGCAUGAUAUUUCUAUAUGUGUCGCUGAUAGUCUCAAAACAAAAUGAAAGAUAAUUAUCAGUGUUCACGUCAACCUCAUUGAGAGUGAGUCCUACUCUCUCCACUGGCAGCAGAGGGAGGACUCACUCUGCACAACAAUUCAUUUUCCAAGUUCAGCAGACUGAAAGCUUUCCUCCUGCGUUCAUGUGCAGCAGUUUAUUGCUGCUCCCCCCCCCGCUCAUCACAAAGCAAAAUUCAACAGUAUACGACAUGUUUACUCAUCAUCACUAUAAAGCCUCUGAGCAAUUUGAUACAGUGACUGUUUUUUGUAUUUCAGUUUUAAUAAAAUAACUGAUUUAUAACAGAA